AUGGCCUCUGUACAGAUGGGGAGCUCCGUCUUCAUGCACCUCCUCCAUGCACACUGUGCGGCCUCAGAUCUAGGGCCUAUUAGCGUGAACUGGUUUGAGGAGCUCACUGCAGAAGCUGUGCAGAGGCAGCCCAAGUUGUGUGUGGAUGAAGAGAAGAGAGCGGAAGAUCUGGAUGACUGCCUUUUUAAGACCCCCAAACAUAAACAGCCCAACUACAGCCAACUUGACUCCACACCAAUCAUAUUUAAAGAACAAAGCCUGUGUUCACCCCUUUUCCUUUCACCAGCAAGAGAUCUACCUAAAAAUCAGCCUGUAGCAGAAAAUGUCAGAAGGGUCAAUAGACCAGAAGGAAGUCCUGGAGAUUCAACACAGCUUCCUCAUAAUGAAGUCUUUGGUACCUCAAGACAGUGUCAUAAUCAUAGUCCUAGUGUCAUGAGGGAGAUAUUUAAGACUCCUCUUUGGGAUAAGAAGUACACACACAGAACACCCCAGAGAGAUGGGAAAAAUGAUGUGUUUGAUAGUCUGUGUUGCACGCCAAAGUUGAUCAGGAACACAACUCCAAGGUGUAUAUCAGAAAGUCUUGGUGCAGAGGCAGACCCUGAGAUGUCCUGGUCAAGCUCUUUAGCAACACCACCCUCUCCAACAGUGAUAAUUGCUCAAGCUAAUGAUGAGACUUCUAGAAUGAAGCCCUUUGAUAAUAAGGAUGCUGUGAUUGUGCGGAGCCUCUUCUCCAAGCUUUGCAACAAUGCAGAGACAUCUUCCAUUGCUGCACCAACUGAUCCUAUGAUUGGCAAGGACUUGCAUACAAAGGCUGAUGACCACGUGGAUCCUGCUGGAUGGAGGACAAGGUCAUCAUUCGGUGGUGGCCACAGCGGCAUCCCCUGGUCUCUGUGUGGAGUCGGUCGGCCGUUGAAGACGUGCAGUGCGGCGGCCCUCGUGGAGACAGGGGGAGGGAGGAGACGAGCUGUAAGGGCGGAAGUGACGCUCGCCGCGCGGGCGUCUGACGUCACUUCCGGUGCCGGAGAGGCGGCCUCACGGGCAAGCAGCGUUUCUGAGAGGGCUGCUACGGUGUCAGAUUCUUCCGCUGACUCCGAGGAGGAUGCAGGGUUGGAAUCAGGAGAAGACACGGGACCAUCUCAGGGGAGAUAUUUGUUCCCCGCGCAUGAGACCAACGAGCUCCUCAAAUCAGUAUGGGAUACGUUGGGUAUCUCCGAAGAGCAAGGGGAACUGUCUAUACAUGACAGAUUAUAUAAAGGGCUACAGCCCAAAAAAGGCCGCACGUUCCCAGUUCACCAGUCUAUUAAGCACGUGGUGACCACGGAGUGGAAAGAUCCAGAGCGGAAGGUGUUUUUUUCCUCCAAGCUAAAAAGAAGAUUUCCCUUCAAAGGGGAAGACUCGGAGGUGUGGGAAAAAUGUCCCAAGGUGGACGCUUCCCUGGCAAAAUUUUCAAAGAACACAGACCUGUCCUUUGAAGAUAUGGGCCUGCUUAAAGAUCCUAUGGAUAAAAAGGGCGAAGCACUGCUCAGACGGGCGUGGGAAGCCGCGGGGGCCGGGUUCAAGCCAGCGGUGGCUGUUACUUGUAUGGCCAGAACAUUAGAUGUCUGGCUGGCACAAUUAAAAGAUCAUCUGAAUGAGGGGACAGACAGGGCCACAAUUGUGGAUUCUCUGCCAGUGCUAGAAAAGGCGGUAGCCUACAUAGCGGAUGCUUCUAUGGAAGCGGUGAGGAUCUCUGCCCGUACCACGGCCCUUAUCAACUCAAGCAGGAGAGCCCUGUGGUUGAAGACGUGGCCAGGAGAUGUGGCAUCAAAGACGAAGCUCUGUGGAAUUCCGUUUGGCGGUAACCUCCUCUCCCCAAGUCACAAUGACGGGGCAGCCAUCGUGGGAGGAAGAUUGAGGGAUUUCCUCCCGCAGUGGCUUCAGAUUACAGACAGCGUGUAUGUUCUGAAUCUGAUACGCAGAGGUUGCAGAAUAGAGCUACUGCAAAUCCCUCCCUCCAGAUUUUUGGUGACCUGCCUAUCUCGAGAUCCUGCCAAAUCUGCGGAUAUGACGUCAGCAAUACAAAAACUUCUCCAUCAAGAAGUAAUUUGUUCGGUGCCAGUAAUGAAGGAAAAGACGGGGUUUUACUCGCACGUAUUCCUAAGGAAAAAACCGUCAGGGGGAUUCAGGGUUAUACUGAACCUGAAGCCCCUGAACAAAGUCGUGCGCUACAAAAGGUUCAGGAUGGAGUCAAUUUACACGAUCAGAGAAUUAUUACUCCCGGCUAUGUUUCUGGCCACGGUAGACUUAAGGGAUGCGUACCUGCAUAUACCGAUGGCGGAGGAAGCUCAGAGGUUGCUAAGAUUUGCAAUACAGGGGCCCGGACAGACGUUGCACUUUCAAUACAAGGCACUGCCGUUUGGCCUGUCAUCGGCACCAAGGGUGUUUACAAAGGUCCUGGCGGAGGCAUUGGCUCCCCUCAGGCUGCACGGAAUAGGGGUCAUUCCGUAUCUUGACGACCUAUUUUUUGCCAGCGACCAGGAGCCGCUCCGGAUGCACCUCGGGGGGGGCCAUGCCCCACCUGAAAAACCUAGGUUGGCUCAUAAACACGGAGAAAUCUCAAUUGCUGCCGUCACAAAAGGUGGUAUUUUUGGGUUACCGGGUGCACACGGGGGCAGAGCGCAUGUUACUUCCGGACGAGAAAGUAGAGAAGCUGUUAAAGUGGUCUCGAUAUUUCACAGGACUCAAGAAGUAGUGAUUCCUUCAUUUUGUGCUAAUCCAACAAAUGAAAAGGAGGCUGCGCUGCAGGGCAUCGACGUGCGUCGCUGCGUCCUGGAAUACCUGGACAAGACUAAAGAGACUCGGAAGUCCAAUAAUUUGUUUGUGCUGUUUUCUGGCCCUAAGUCGGGGCUAAGGGCAUCCAAGAGCUCCAUAGGGAGGUGGAUUAAAAUGGCUAUACACCAGGCAUAUGCUCUACAAAACCUGGAAACGCCACAGCAGAGUGGAUCUGACGUCAAGCCAAGAUCAGGCUUUCGGAAGGAAAGUUCUGCAAGCCGUGGUCCCGCCCUAAAUUCUGAUUCAACAUAUGCUGUGUGUAAUGAAGAAGCCACAGGUACAUUUGAGUCUUCUGAGUCUUUGAAGGUGCCGAAGAACAUUAUGAAGAAUGAAGAUGCUUGCCGAACGACUGAUAAUGUUCUUGAGGGAAUGGAAGACGUCUUGUCUAUAUUUUUUAAUAGUGGAAAACCACAAGGACUGAGGAAAGUAAAGGUUGAUAGUCGAGCAAAAAGAAGAAGAAAACUUGAUAGUAAUGUGGUUCAAGAAUCUACUGAUGACCAGAAAAUAUUUCCUGAUGAUGGGAGCCAGAAUAAAUGUAACAAAUCUGAACCAACAAACAAACAUGCUAUGAAUUAUGAUCCCUCUACUAUGCCUUCUUCAUAUGAAUGGUCUCCAUUAGCCCUGCCUGAUCUAAAUACCACACAGGGAGAUAUGCACUUGCAAGGUGAAACAGAUCAUGUGAUUUAUGGGGAAGUAAAAGAAUUAGGACCUUCAAUAACUAAUUAUUCACCAACCAGGAACAACGAACAACCCAGUUUGUUCCAUGUGCCAGAUGGACCCUGUGAAGUGGCCAACAAUCUAGAAAUGUGCAUUCCCAAUACUGUGCAACAAAAACUGCUGGACAGAAGACUUGAUGUGAACCUCACUCACAGUGCUCAGAACAACACUAGAGACACAGUGGGGACUACUUCAACUGGUCAACAAGUGUUGGGCGAAAUGAAUGAGAGAAGACCUCAGAAGACGAAUACUAAUAUAAAAGCUAAACUUUCUGUUUUGAAAAGGCAAUCAAAAUUUCUGUAUUGUUUAAAUGGUGUGAAAAAUGGUCAAGAUGGAACAACAAUGGAUAUAAGUAAAGAUUCACACAAGGCACUGGAUUCACUGAAUGCGGCAUGUACACAUAGCCACCAAGAUGCAGAGCUAGCCGCUAAAGAAGCCUCAGAAUAUUUAAAAGAGGACUCCCUGGAUAUCCUGGAAAUUGAAGAAAAUCUUUUGAACUUGAAGCAUGUGGACAGACCUAUUUCUGAGCAAGUACCCUGUUUAGAAACUACUACUUACAUUUCAACAGCCAUUAAUAAGGAACUGGAUGUAAAGAUGACGGUUAACAUGAAAACUGGAGAUGUGACAGGAAAGAUAUCCUUGCUGGAAUCUAAUGGGACCUCCAAAAAGAACACUCUUGAUGAUAAUGCUGUAGGACACAGUGAUUUUAUAUCAGCUAAAAACCAGGUUCAGGAAUGUGCCCUUUCUUCCGCUGUCACCAGUGACCAUAAAGAACAACUGGAAAUCCACAAAGGUAGUGCUUCUACAACUACAGAGAACCACAACACCUGCACUGACGGUCUCCCACACAAUGUAUCUCCUUGUAUCACAAAGUUUAAGAACUUUGGAGGCUUUAAAACUGCAUCUAACAAGAAUAUUAAUAUUUCGGAAGAUAGUCUGAGAAAGGGAGAACUUCUGUUUGAAGACGAUGAUCCUUCAUAUCAUAAUAGUCACCCUUUACCUCCAACUGCUGACAUCAACAACCCCCUUGACGUUGUUGAUUCAACGUCUCUGUUCAAUGGAUUUAGGACAGCAUCACGUAAGGAAAUUGUAGUUGCUGAAAGUAAAAUUGCUAAGGGAAUGCUCCUGUUUAAAGAUAUUGAAGAUGGCAUAUGUGAAAACCUCACCAAAGAGGAUUUGUUACUCAGACCAACAGCUAACCUGGUGCCAGCGAGUGAGAAAGCAAGACGACCAGAUAAUAAUUUUGAGCCCUUGAGCAAGCUGUCAUCAGAGGAGGCAAAGGAUAAAAAACAGACUUCAGAUAUAUUAACAUUAGACAAACAGUCCUCCAUAGAAGUUAAACCUAAAGGGACGAGUGACCAAUAUAUUUUAUUACCACAACAUAGCAAGGACAGCACAUCUAAUCAAAAAAGCCAGAUGAGAAAAAGUUUAUCUUCUGAAAUACAAUCUCAAGUCUGUGGGAUUCUGACAGAAAGCCAAAAAGCAGAAGUCAGUGAACUGUCUUCAAUUCUGGAGAAUGCAGGCAGUCAGUUUGACUUCUCACAGUUUAGGAAAACAGGUAUUGUGCCAUCAAAUAAUAAUAAUCAAAACUUGCAGAGUGCAGAAGAUGGUAUUAGCGAAUCUGAGAACCUUAAUAAUUCUGAUGUUUGGCAGGACGUUGACUUCAAUGAUAGCUUUGCAGCCGGAGCAGAACAUAUAGAAAAUAUGGAUUCCAGUGUCAAAUUGUCAUUGGAAAGGGAAGAUAACACAGUCAGAUCAACUGCUUGUGACACUGAUGUGGUUUCAGCAUCUGAAAAAUCGGUUUCCAAAGCGAAAGAGAGGAAAUGUGCUGGAUUUAGCUUAGCAAGUGGUAAAUGCAUAAACAUUACUGAUGAGGAUAUGAUCAAGGCUUUUGAAUUAUUUAGUGAUUCGGAUGAUACCACGCUGUCGUUAAAUAACUCCUCAACAGAUGUCAACAAGAGGCUGAUAAAUUCUUCAUCUGGUCCUGCAACACUAAAUGUUCAGGAAAUUCCAAAAGACUGUAUAACUGUUCCACAUAAUGUUAAGAAAUCCAGCAUUGUACACUCCAAAACAGAAUCCUAUCCACAAUGUGAGGAAGGCAUAUUACCUUGUAAUGUACCUAUGUUUAAUAUAGCAAAACAAAAUUCCAAGACCCAGGUGAUGAAUGAGUUUGUGUACGGUGGUAAUGACAUUGGCAGUUCUGCAGAAGCAUUUUGUGCACAAACUGUAUCCCAAGGAUGUCUUCCUUCUGGUUCAUGUGUCUCUGCAAUGCCAGUUGGGUUUUCUACUGGAAAAGGCAAAGUUAUUAAUGUUGAUAAGGCAGCUUUAGUGAAGGCAAAAGCCAUCUUUAAUGAUAUAUUACAUCCAGAAAGCAUAUAUAAGAAUCAAGGUGGGACUUCCAGCGUGACUGUAAAAGAAAGCAUAAGCACAAUCGGUCAGGGUGAAGAUGGCAAUGGAACACAUAUACUAACUGAUGAACAAUCUGCAGCUGAUUUCAUCACAAGUGGAAAAGGUGCUGCUGUUCCUCAUGAUUCUGUCCAGAUAGGAAGGCAGAUGUCUGAGAACAUCUCUGGGUCAGAGAUGACUCGCUGUAUUUCCUUGCCUAAACAGGAUACCCCUGUCCUAAAGAGGGUCCAGUUUAGCACUGCAUGUAGUAAACCUGUUCAUCUUUCUGCAGAAUCUUGGAACAGAGCUCGGGAGAUGUUUGCCGAUAUAGAUAACCAACAGCUGGGAACUGUUGGGGAGAAUUCUAAGGACAGUCUGUGUGCAGUAGAGAAGAUCACAACAGGGACACUCAGUACCAACAACAUACAAGACAUUAUAAGUAAAACUCUGCAAGAAAGAGAGCCUGUCCUCCCUCCUCUGGGUUUCAGUACAGCUAGUGGAAAAUCUGUAGUAGUCUCUUGUGAUUCUCUGCACAAAGCAAGAGCUAUGUUUGCAGAAGCUGACAUAGCAAUGCAUGAUGGACUAGAGGGAAUGGAGUCCAAACAAAUGCACGAUGGAGCUCAGUUUAAUCCAGCCGAAAUUAAAUUGAGGAAACCGAAAAUUAAAGAUUGUGAUGUUACCAUAAAGAAAACCGCUCGAGUGACUACUGAUGUGCUUCCCCCUCUAGGUUUUAGCACAGCAAGUGGGAAGAUCGUAGCAGUCUCUAAUGAGUCUCUGGAAAAAGCAAGGCUGAUGUUAGCCGAUACUGAUAAUAUUGAUAUGAAACAUGAAUUUCAAUCCAGUCAGACUAGACUUGGAAAAGGGAAUCGGGAAACAUCUAGUGAUGUUUUGUGCUCCUUAGAAAUCAAAAAACCUGGUAAGGUAAAUCUAGCAGAAGGUAGUCCAAUGAAACCAUCUUUUAGAGAGAGCACCACUGGCUUUUGUGUAGAAAAACCUGAUAUACCAUCUAUAGUAAAGAAGUCUAGAUUCGCAGGGCCUAGAGUGGUGAGUUUGCCACAGGAGAAUGCCCCAAGUAUAAUGAAGCCAUCUUUUAGCACUGCAGGGGGUAAACCUGUUCACAUGUCAGAUGAAGCUUUGAAGAAAGCUCGAGAAAUGUUUGCUAAAAUAGAUGAUGGGCAAUUAGACGCACAUUUGUUCAAGCAGCGUGUAGAAAGAAAUACUAAGUGGGAAAACACAGGGAACAGCAACCUCCAAGACCAAGCAUCGCCUACUGUACCAGCAAAGGAAACCACUUUCACUCUUCCAGUUCCAGGCUUCAGCACCGCAAGUGGAAAGACUGUAGCAGUGUCUGCUGAUGCCCUCCAUAAAGCAAGUAUUUUGUUCGCUGAUGGUGAUGAUGAUGGCAAUACUAAUGAAAAUAUAGGUCAGAGUAAAAUAAGAGCAAUCAAUGCUGAACAGUAUGAAGUAAAUGAAAUGGUUUCAAAACCUGUUACGCUUCACUCAGACACAGAAUUUCAAAGUUUUAGGUCCCCCUUAAAACAGAAUUCUGGUAUCAGUACCAUUUCUGGUAAUGUGCCCGGAAACAUUUGCAAAGUUCUAAUGAGUAACAGUUUUAGCACUGCCAGUGGUAAAACUGUAAAUGUAUCAGAAGACGCUCUAAAGAAAGCUAAAGAAAAAUUAUCCGAAAUAGAUAAGUGCCUCUUGCCACAAGACAAACCUGGGGACGUUUUUAGUGACCUUCCUUUAUGUGUAUCUAAAGUCCAUACAUCAUUACAGAAAAAGCCAACAGAUCAGACAACUUUAGAAGCAUCAGAAACAAGUAAAUUAUCUAAUACAACAACUACAACGUUUGGAUUUAGCACAGCAAGUGGAAAAUUAGUGUCUGUUUCAGAAACUGCAAUACAAAAAGUGAAAGACCUAUUUGAAGAAUCUGAACACCUUCAGGAUCAUUGCCAGUAUAAUGAUAAAGGUGAUGGCAACAUUAAUAAAAAGGCAAACGUGCUCUCUCCAUUAGUAGACAAACCUGAGACUAUUUCUCACUUAAAUGAGAAGCUUGGUGACUUGCAAAACUACAGGGCAAGGACUAUUGAGAAUACUAAUGUGGAUAAACCAUCUAUUGCAAGAUUUUCUAAUAUACAGCAUCCAAUGCUUAGACAUUCCACUCCAUUUCACAAUACUGGAGUACUUGGCAAGAAGAAUUGUGUUUCUUCAAUUACAUCUCACACCCCUGAGAACUAUUUUGAAAUUGAAGCUGCUGAAAGUGCAAAAGCUUUCAUGGAUGAUGAAAAUCUGACUGAUGGUAUGAGGUCAGCAGAAGCCACCAAUAAGCCUCUGAAUCCUAGGAAUGGGAAGCGAUUAAGAUCUGAUGACAGAACUCCACAUGGUGAACCUCCAAUCAAAAGAAAGCUUUUACCAGAAUUUGACAGAUCGUCGAUGCAAGGAUCGAAACUAACUUUGAACCCUUUAACAAGCAGCCCUCAUAGUGAACUUAAAGAUCGAAGAAAAUUUUUAUACAAUGUUUCUUUAAAGGCCUCAUUCUGUGAUCCUACGAGCUUUUCUGCUCGAGAGAAGGUAGCCCAGGUUUCCCAGGUUACUACCCGGAGCCAUUUUUAUUCUAGAUCUGCUGCUUUUCAACAGUCCUCAUCAGAUAACACUGCAGAUGCUUCUGAUGAUGGAAGACAACUGAACACGUUGCUUUCUUACAGACCAGCCACUGGUAGAUUUGUCUCUCCUUUAAAGGUGGCAGAUCAUACGUCAUCUGAGGAACAGACACAUGACCAGACUGACUUGGAACCCCAUAAUGGCGAGGGCAAAUUGGAGCAUGAAAAGUGUCCAGAGUUUGUAUCGGAUUUUUCCCAGUUGUUGUCGAGUGUACGUUGUGCCAGAGACCUGCAGGAAAUGAGAAUAUGGAAGAAACAAAGGCAGAAAAUUAAACCACACCCGGGAUCAUUGUACCAGCUAAAAUCCUCUUCUGCAGACAGAAUUCCACUUGUGUCAGCAGUACAAGGGAUGCUGCCUACGGUGUACACAAAGACACAGUUAUACAGGUUUGGUGUUUUGAAAAACCACAUUGGAAUCAACAGUGAGACAGCCAAGAAAUUUGAUUUCCAUUGUCCGGAUUAUUUCACAAAGAACUGCCUUCUGCCUGAUGGUGGUGUGCGGAUCGCUGAUGGUGGCUGGCUGGUACCCUCUGAUAAACUGACUGCUGGCAGGGAGGAGUUCUACAGAGCUCUGUGUGAUACCACAGGCGUGGAUCCCAAGCUGAUCUCCCCAGAGUGGGUGUACAAUCACUAUAGGUGGAUUGUAUGGAAGCUGGCUGCAAUGGAGGUCAGGUUCCCCGAGCUGUUUGCAAGCAGAUGUCUGACACCAGAGCGAGUCCUAUUACAGCUCAAAUACAGGUAUGAAGUGGAAAUAGAUAAAAGCCGGAGAUCAGCUCUGAAGAAGAUCAUGGAGAGAGAUGACACAGCAGCUAAGACCCUUGUUCUUUGUGUGUCUAAAGUCAUUUCAUGGCAUGGCAAUGAUAAGAGCGAGUCCAAUGAUCCCAAGCAAGGUUCUGCUGUCAUUGAGGUGACCGAUGGCUGGUAUGGAAUCAAGGCUUUGCUGGACACUUCACUAACGGCACUGCUCCACAGAGGACGAUUGUUCGUUGGUCAGAAAAUAAUUGUUCAUGGGGCAGAAUUGGUGGGCUCAGAAGAUGCAUGCACUCCCCUGGAAGCUCCAGAAUCUCUUAUGUUAAAGUUUUCAGCCAACAGUACUCGUCCUGCUCGCUGGUAUACAAGGCUUGGGUAUUUCUGUGACCCCAGACCUUUCUGCCUUCCUCUCUCAUUCCUGUUUGCUGAAGGUGGCAUUGUGGGGUGUGUUAAUAUUGUCAUACAAAGGAUCUACCCUAUGCAGUGGAUGGAAAAAAUGGCCAAUGGCACAUAUGUGUUCCGUAAUGACCGAGCAGAGGAAAGAGAAGCAGAACGACAUUCCUCAAAACAGCAAAAAAAUCUGGAGGCCUUGUUCCUGAAGAUUCAGGAAGAGUUUGAACAGCAGGAGGCAUGUGAAAGGAAAGUGAGAGGUAAAAAGCGCAGUUCUUUAAGUGUAAACCAAAUCGCUGCACUUCAGGAUGGUGCGGAACUCUAUGAAGCCCUUCAGAAUGAACCUGACCCAGGAUACUUGGAGUCAUGUAUGAGCGAUGAGCAGCUGCGUGCCUUGAAUCACCACAGACAGCUUAUUAAUGAUAAGAAACAAGCUCUGAUCCAGACAGAAUUUAGGAAAGCCAUUGAAUCUGCAGAGCAAGGAUCUGGAGGCUGCGCAAGAAGAGAGGUGACACCUGUAUGGAAGAUGCGGAUUGUGGAUUACAAGGAACAAGACCCGACCUCAGCCUAUAUGCUCAACAUAUGGCGCCCUCUACCUGAUCUAGUCUCCCUUCUAAAAGAGGGCUGCCGCUUCAAGAUAUAUCAGCUGGCCGUCUCCCAAUCAAAAUGCAAAGCAGUCACAGCAGCGGUGCAGCUAACGGCUACGAAGAAGACGCAGUUCCAGCAGCUGCAGCCCGCACAGGACGUCCUGGAACAGAUUUACACGGAGAGGCAAGUGACGGACUUUAGCCGGCUUCUGGAGCCUAAUUUUACCAUAGAGUACGGUGAGGUUGACCUCGUGGGCUUUGUGAUAUCCACACACCAAAAGAUAGGUGGCGCUCCCAUUGUGUAUUUGUCUGAUGAAGCCUGUGACAUUGUAGCAGUGAAGUUCUGGACAGACCUCUCCCUGGUGGAACUCGCAAAGCCCGGUACCUUCAUUGCAGCCAGUAACCUUCGCUGGAGGUCAGAAUCUACUGCUGGAAUUCCCAUGGUGUUAGCGGGAGAUCUGUCCUAUAUUGCUGCAAACCCCAAAGAGCCACAUUUACAGAAGGCCAUUCACAAACUUCGCCAGUCUGUCCAGUGUUUGUUUUACAGGCAACCUCACACAGCAGUGAAGUUCUGGACAGACCUCUCCCUGGUGGAACUCGCAAAGCCCGGUACCUUCAUUGCAGCCAGUAACCUUCGCUGGAGGUCAGAAUCUACUGCUGGAAUUCCCAUGGUGUUAGCGGGAGAUCUGUCCUAUAUUGCUGCAAACCCCAAAGAGCCACAUUUACAGAAGGCCAUUCACAAACUUCGCCAGUCUGUCCAGGCUGUCCAGAAGUUCCGACAUGAAGCUGAGAGCAAACUGCUCAACAUCCUGAGAGUCCCCCAUCCCGAGGAGAGGAGGUCUCUGGCUCAGCAGGGUUCAGAUUCACACACUGCUGCAAGCAAGUUCUCUACCCCAGUGGCCAAACUUGGAAGAGCCCAGAUGAAUGCCGUGAGCACCCCUGACAGGAGUAAUGUAAUAAUCAGCUCUGGUAGUGACACGGAUCCAAGGACGUGCAAGAAGAUGAAAGGCCUGGACUUCCUUAGCCGGAUCCCUUCCCCUCCACCACUAACACCAGUGCGGCCUCUUGUGUCGCCACCAUUACAAAAAGCAUUUCGUCCCCCUCGAAGCAUGCAGAAAGACGUACAGCCCGUUCUAAUGAGUAAAGGGGAAUUUGUAGCUGAUGAAGAACUGGCCAUGAUUAAUACACAAGCUCUUAUCUCAGGAUUAGAGGAAGGAAAAAUACAGCCAAAAGCCGAAAUGUCAGCUGAUGUACGUAGAGAAAAGAUCUCUCCUAAUCCUUCUGAGGAGAAACUCAAUCCUCCCGGUAGCAGCAGCCAUACAGACAUUGAUAUGACCACAAAGAAAGAGGACCCGGGCUUCACUGAGCAAGGAAGACUCCGCACAAGAAAGAGACACAGACUCUGAACAACAGGCGUCCUUUAUUUGUACAUA